AUGAUGGACCAUUCUGUUUGCCCCACAGGUGAAGAUGCUCCUCCCACUCUGCUUCCCCUGACCUCUGGCCUGGAUGUCUUUCCAACUCUGGCUGGAAUCACUGACAUCAUUGCAACCAAGAUCCCAUCACUAGCAGGAGUUGCUACUGCCAUAGGAAGUCCCACCCCCUCUGCGCCCCCCCCAGCAGUCCUCUCCAUCGACAGCAUGUCUAAGGACAUCUCCACACAUAUUCCUGACUUAGCAGAGGCUGUUAAUGCUGUGGCCAAACCUGCAGCACCUGUGUUAAACUCCACCCCCUCCAGUCCUGCCACAGUUCCAGCUCCAUCUCUGUCUCCUCACACUAAUGAAGAGAACCCGUAUGUCACCGUGCUGGCCAGUUGGACCAGCCAGGAAGAGGCUGACUCCGAGUCAUCAAAUGACGAGAACGAAGCAGGAGUUGGUCCAGGCCUCAUUCAGGCCGACGGCGCCAAAGAAGUGAAUACUGUCACUGACCCAACUGGAAGUACCAACAGAGUCUCAGCCAGCCCCUCCCAGCAUUUCAUACCCACUCGGCCGGCCCCGCCCCCACCUCCUAAAGUGAUCCAAUCACAGAAACCUGCAAAGCAGAAGACCCCGAGGGCAGCCACCAUCCGAGUUUCCAGGAAGAAAGGGGGAAGUGGGAGCUCCGCCCCGCAGAGCGCUGUGGUCCGAACCAGCUGGCUGGACGUCUGGAAGGGCUUCAGAUACAGCGUUCUAUGGGUGACGUUGGAUGGACAACUGAUGUCUCUGUGGAAAAAACGUACAGACCGAUUCAGUGAGGUGCUGUUUCAUGUGUCCAGCAUAACCAAUGUGAAGUCUCAGGACAGAGGUAGAUUCUCUGUGUACUUCAGGAGGAAGCAUUAUGACUUCAUGGCAGUUAACAGUGAGGUUCAGGAGGGUUGGGUGUCAUCUCUACAGGCAACACGAGGCCAGCCAAGUCCCAAGCCGCCCGAACUGCAUGGACAAAUCACUCUGAAGGAGCCGCGGAGCCGUGGCUACGCCGCUGUAUGGGGCCACAGCCUGUGGAUCUACCCCAACAAGGAGAACUUCCAGCUUGGCUUAGCCUCCUUCUCCAUCCCUCUGAAUGUGGCCACGGUCAAGUCCACCAGAAGAAAUUCCUUUACUCUCAUUACACCAUACAAGACCUUCAAGUACAUUCCGUCCCUCAAUGUGCAAGUCAUAGGAGGAUGCCGUUUACUUUUGAUCUUACUGUGCUCUCUCCCCCCAAACAGCCUAUCUGUGGAUUCCUCCAAGGAUCUGUCCAUGUGGUUGGACAGCCUGUCUUCAACCAUCCACAGUGCUCUUUCCUGCAGCCAGGUGGCGCUGCGCCUCUGGGAAAACCCCUACAAUAAGGUGUGCGGGGAUUGUGGAGCAGCCAAUCCUGAGUGGGCAUCGGUGAACCUGCUGCUGGUCAUCUGUCAGAACUGUGCAGGUAAGCUGGAUGCUACCAUGGCAGACACAUAUGCAUUUAGUCAGCACCGGGCUCUGGGCAGCAAGCUGUCCAAGGUGCGCAGUCUGCGGAUGGACAGUAAGGUGUGGACAGAGCCGCUCAUGCAGGUGAGCAAACCCCUCCGGCGGAUCCUGGAGGACCACUGCCUCCAUCAGCAGUUAUGA